CUGUUGCAAGCGGGGUGAAACCUCGGGAGCUGUCUGAAGGCGAGCGGAGAAGGGAACAAAUAGCGUGAAGAUUUAAAAACCUUCGUUAAGCAGAAGGUGACUCGGACUGUGCAGCACUACGCAAAAAAGGCAUCACCGCCACUUUCGAUUAGUUAAAGUUCUCUCACGACGAGACACGUUUAAAAUCGCGUCACUUCUCGUAAGUUGGUUAAAGUUUGGCUGCGCGGCUCGGAGUGCAAACCCCGGAGCAGAAAGUCGAGUCGGUGGUCGCGGUCGGUUCUGCAGGAAUGUCGCAGAAAGAAAGACCCAAGUUUUAUCGGGAGGAGGUCAACAAGACGAUAUGGGAAGUCCCCGAGCGCUACCGGAACCUGUCCCCGGUGGGCUCCGGUGCCUACGGAUCCGUGUGUUCUGCAUAUGACAUGAAGAUUGGUUUGGAGAUAGCUGUAAAGAAGCUCUCCCGGCCGUUUCAGUCCAUCAUCCAUGCCAAGAGAACAUACAGAGAGCUGCGGUUGCUGAAGCACAUGAAACAUGAAAAUGUCAUUGGCCUCCUAGAUGUCUUCAGUCCCGCUACUAGUCUGAAAGAAUUCAAUGAUGUGUAUCUGGUGACACAUUUAAUGGGGGCAGAUCUCAACAACAUUGUGAAAUGUCAGAAACUCACAGACGACCAUGUGCAGUUCCUCAUAUACCAGAUCCUCAGAGGGUUAAAGUACAUCCACUCGGCAGAUAUCAUUCACAGAGAUUUGAAGCCGAGUAAUCUGGCUGUAAAUGAAGACUGUGAGCUGAAGAUUUUGGACUUUGGCUUGGCGCGGCACACUGAUGAUGAGAUGACCGGCUACGUGGCCACUCGUUGGUAUCGCGCCCCAGAGAUCAUGUUGAACUGGAUGCAUUACAACAUGACCGUUGAUAUUUGGUCAGUGGGGUGUAUAAUGGCAGAACUUCUCACUGGAAAAACUCUGUUUCCUGGAACCGACCAUAUAAACCAGCUUCAGCAGAUAAUGCGUCUAACAGGAACGCCCCCAGCAUCUCUAAUAAACAGGAUGCCCAGCCAUGAGGCCAGGAACUACAUCAGCUCCUUGACACACAUGCCCAAGAGGAACUUUGCUGAUGUGUUCAUCGGUGCCAACCCACAAGCUGUGGACCUUCUGGAGAAAAUGCUGGUUCUGGAUACAGACAAGCGGAUAACGGCAUCCGAGGCUCUGGCUCACCCCUACUUCUCUCAGUACCACGACCCAGACGACGAGCCCGAGGCGGAGCCGUACGACCAGAGCUUUGAGAGCCGAGAGCUGGAGAUCGAAGAGUGGAAGCGAUUGACCUACGAGGCGCUGUGUAGUUUUGAGCCACCGGUCUUUGAUGAGGACGAGAUGGAGUAACGUGACCCACGUCGAGUCCAGCCUCCGAUUUGUAACAAUCCCGAACAUGUUCAUGAGUGCAAUUAUUAUUCUUAUUUAUGAACCACUAAUGUUGAUGGACUGUUGCUGGGAAAUGGCACUUCUUGCCAAUAGCUGAAAUCAUUUUAUAUUCUUCAGAUUUUAUUAUUAUUUUUAAGCAUAGACUUUGAUGACUUGUCACUGUGACACUGAGAUGCUGAAACACCUGGACCGUUAGCUGUGCUACUUUGUUUUAAAAUGUUCUAUUGAAUAACUUAUAUACGCUUCUGUGUUCAUCAAUUAAAAUAUGUAAUAUGCUAGUCUGCCAGUCGCCCUGCCAAGCUGUCACGAACAGCACUGAGUCACAUGCAUUUGUAAAAUGAUUGUUAUCAUAUAUUUAAGAAGAUAUAACUGAAGGGUUUCAUAAUUGACAGAAGUAGAUUUGAUGUUUUUAGGUGUUUGAUAAUUUGAGAACAUGCCUGUUCUGUGUAGUCACUGACCUUCAGUGCUUACCAAUGAAAUUUCUCACAUUUUAAUGUUUAUUUUGAUAGUUUAGAUGCUCUGUGAGACUCUUAUACAUAUUUUGGCGACAUGGAAAAAUCUGAGCUUCUACUGUUUAAGGACAGUGCUAUUCAACAACAAACAAAUGCUCUAUUCAAAACUGUAAAUAUAUGUGCAUUAUUUUUUAAAUCUCUGACUUAUCUGAGUUUGUUAUAAAGCAAUCACUUUUAUUAUGUACAUCGUUGCGUGCGUUUGCGAGAGUGUGUUGUUGGUUUACAGGAAUUUAAAGUGUCAUGCUAAAAUCUCUAAUAGAAAUACUGCUUCAAUGUUUAAAUGAGGGAUGUCCGAUGUAUUUAUACUUUGUGGAGGUGGUAUUUAUAAACAACAAUCGAAAGAUCCCAUAAACUAUUUUCAGUCCAGCUGAGUAACUUCUAUCUUCAGUCCAUUGUUUAACAAAAUAAAGACUUAUUUUUAAGAGACCUGUGUUUAAAAAUAAAUAAAUCCUUGAUUGUU